AUGGAUGAUGAUUUUGUCAAAGCUGUGAAUAAAUUUAAUGCAAAAUUUAGUUUUCAUAAUAGAAAAAAUCUUACAAAGGGUGUUAAUAACAAUGUAUAUGGAAAGAACGAUAAAACAAAACAAGGGAAAGCUGAUAAACUAAAGGAGGAUUUAGAAUUACAAUAUAUACACAAUUCGAAUAAUAAGAUUUGUCAAAAAUUUCUGACCCUUCCCCUUAGUAAAAAAGAAGAUAAGUUGAGUAGGCAUUCGGAUAAAGUUAUACUGCCCGUGUCAAUACUGAAAACCCUCGAAAAAGGAACUUAUCGGAACGAAGUAGAAUUUCCUUAUUCGUUUAGCCUAAAAAAUGUAGAGAAUAAUUAUAUUACCCAUGCAUGUGUUUUAGAAUUUAGCUCAAAUGAAGGAAUAAUAUUAGUAUCAGAAAAUAUAAAAGAAAAUUUAGGCAUAAUAGCAACUAGUGGAAUAAUAAGACUCUUAGUAACUUAUGCAAAUUUACCGAAAUGUGAUUUUAUAAAAUUUGAAUCAUUAAAUGAAAAUAUUAAUGAUAUAAAAUUUAUGAAGAAUUUAUUGGAAAAUGAAUUAAGCAUAAAUUAUAGUACCCUAACUUUAGGAGACCAUGUUCAUAUUAAUCAUUUGAAUUUUUAUGUAAGUGAGUUAGAGCCAGAUAAUGCUGUGUCGUUAAUAAAUACAGAUAUUGUUGUGGAUAUAUGUAAACGCAAAAUUAUGUGUGAACAAUUUAGUACUUUUCAAAAUGUUGAAGAUACACCAUAUGAAGUGAUUAAUAGUACAACUACAAAUGUUAAUAGUAGUAUGAAGUGUGGAAUAAAAAAAUAUAAGUAUAUGAUAAAUUAUAACAUUUUGGAAUUGUUAAAAAAGGAUAAGAUUAACAUAAAUUUUUUAUUAAGUUCGAACGAUGUAGAUAAUUUCAAUAUUUUUAUUUCAUUUCCACCAUAUGAUUCGGUCUCAGAAACGAUGCAUCAUUUGCAUUUCGAUGAUUGUAGUAAAGAUAUUCAAAUAAAUAGGGAUAUUAUAAAAAAAUGCUUAAAAAUACAUUUCGUUUGUUUCAUGAAAGAACAAGCAGAUGAUGUCCAGGAAAAGCUUGAUGCCACGAAGGAACGGCUUGACGAACAAGACCCUUUUUUAGAAUAUAUAUAUGAUCAAUACUUUCCCCAUAUAAUAUACAUAGGUAUAUCAUAUACCACGGAAAACGAAGUACAAUACAGCUUAUCAUCAAAAGUAGAUAGCGAAAGUAGAAAAACAAUCAAAGAACAGAUUGACAAUACGAAUAAAAACAAAACAAACGACAGAAUCCCAAACAAUAAAUUAAAUGAAUUACGCGAAAAUUGUAAAAAUGAACUAAUUUAUGUAACAUGUGAUAAUUGUUUAAAACAAAUUUUGGAAAAUAAUAUAAACAUGCAUAAAAUUCAUUGUUUAAAUAAUAUUUCUCUAUGUAAUAUCUGUAAAAAACCGUUUAAUAAGAAAGAUAUCCUUGAUCAUAUUCAUUGUGAGAUAUGUAAUGAAGGUAUAAAGAUAGCUGAAAAAAAUAAGCAUAAUUUUUUAUGGCAUACAAAAAUAAAAUGUACAUGCCAAAAAUAUUUUUAUAGAAAACAAUUCAUUUUUCAUCAGAAAUUAUUUUGUCCAAAAAAAAUUAUAUUCUGUGCAUUUUGUAAUAUAUUUACCGUUUCCGCUGCAAAUAUUUUUAAUGAAGACUAUAUCCUUGCCAACUUUCUCGAUAAAUUUGAUAGUUAUAAUGGUACCAGCAAUGACAAUAAUAGUAGUAGUAGUAGUAGUAGUAGCAAUAAUAAUAAUGAGUUAACUGUAAAAUCAAUUGACUAUUAUUUCCAGCUAAUGCACAAAAAUUUUCAUUUUUUUGUCAAACACAUUAACAGCACGGAACAUGAAAAAUACUGUGGGUCCAAGUCUGUGAUGUGCGUUAUUUGCAAAACUAACAUGUACAGAAAUAGGUAUUUUACCCAUUUAAAUUUAAUGCAUAAUAUGGAUAAAAAGGAAUCAUUUAAAAUUAUAAAUGAAAAUACAGACGUGUAG